AUGGUUGAAAUAACAUUUAUAACCAAUACUGAUAACAGUGCUUCUACGACUGAAAAGUGCAAAAAUAAAUAUGAAACAUUUUUAGAGGAUAUUUUAAAAAAAAUUAAUGAACUUAAUGGUAACACUCAUUCAGAUUUACACAACGAAUGGGUUACGUUAAAUCAAUAUAUAAAUGAAAGAAAUAAUGAAUUAAAGAAAUGUGUUGAUGAUAACUAUAUACCAAUUGAUUUAUAUGAACAAGCGGCAAUAAAGAAAUUUAGGAACGAAUAUUUUAAGAAACAUUCUUGCACUAUAAAUACAGAACAUAAUGCUGCAAGAAAUACUGAACCGUCACCCCAAACAGGUGAACCUGGUAAAGAAUGUGAAACAAAAAUAGAACUAUCAGAAGGAAAAGUUAAAUUGCAUACAGCAUCGGACUCAAAACAUUCUAAACACAGAAUAACUGAAGAACAAGAUCGCGUAGUGAAAAAUACAGGACAAUUUAAUACACAACAAUCAGGCCAACAAUAUGUAGAUUUACAGGAUCCACAGAAGGUAAACCACCCCUCCAGAUUUACUGGAACUGAGUUGAAAGAAUCUGUGCCAGCAGCUGGACAUAAGUCUAUUGAUCAUGAAGAAGCAGGUGCUUCAUCAGAGUCUUUAUCUAUAUCAGUAGAUUCACCAAAUGAAGAAUUAGGUUUACAUCAAAGUGUUACUUCUGCACAAACAAAGCAUACUGAGAAAAUUAAUUCAGGAAAAACAUCAGAUGAAAGUAAUAUUCAUGAAGUUUCACCUCAAAGUAAUUUAUCUUAUUCUCAAUAUUCUACUCAACAACCUCAUGGAAUCCAAUAUACUGAUGAUGAAUCCAUUGAUAACGAAAGUGAUGAUUGUUUAUAUCUCCUUGAGGAAACUUUUUUUUCUGCAGAUCCUACAAAUGAAAUUUCUUCACAAAAGGGUUUCCAACAAGUAGGUGCUCAUAGCAUAGGAGCUCAUUCCAGAGACACUGAUGGUUUACCUUACACUAGUUCAAAUACAGGUACUACACGUGAUAAUACUGCACAUUCACGAGAAACCAGUUAUAAUGAUAAUCAGACCAUUACUGUAACUUCUGAUAAUAUAGAUUCUCACGAUGGAUCUAUUGGUUCGCACCGUUCUCAUACAGAUCCUGAUGAUUUAGCUAAUGGUGUAGAUGGUGCUCAUAUUCAACGCACUAAUGAAGUAGUUACUCAUGGUAAUGACAGUACUGAUUACGUCACUCAUGUAGGUACUACUUCUCAUAAUGUGUUUUCUAAUAGUGAACACGCCGAUGGCGAAAUUUUUCCUGAAUCAGUUACACGUAGUGAAAUGUCAACUUAUGAACCUCAUAAUGAAGGUACUUCUGAACAAGAAAAAAGAAAUAAUUUGGUCGUACCUCCUAAUACAGAUCCUGUAGUAAAUAAUGGAUUUACUCCUAUAAUUAAUAGUUAUAAUUCUUCUGGAAUAUAUACAUCAGGUAAAAAAAUUGUUUUAAAAGGGAUUAAUAAUUCAGAGGACACAGAUACUAGAGAAAAUGGAGUUACACUGGAUGAAUCUAAUGGAGAUAAAAAAGGAAUAUCAUAUCAAAAAUAUAUCAAAAUGAUUUUAGUGCCAUUAACAAUUAUUUUGUUAUUUGUACUACUAGUAAAAUACACCCCAUUGGGAAUGCUUUUUACUAAGAAACAAAGAAAGAAAAAAAAAAAGAUGGAAGAAAAGUUAAAGAGGGUACUAUUAGAACCUUCAUUUACAAAAGAAGAACGUAUCCAGAUGGCAUAUAGCUCCUGUUAA